AUGUUACCAGAUGAUCUCCGGUUCAACAUGAGUUGGCUCGAGAUUGUCCCAAGAGCCCUGCUGCUCUGCCUGGCCAUUACUAUUGGAUUUUUCGUGCGACGAGUAUAUUUCCAUCCGUUGUCCGCAUUCCCAGGCCCAAAGUUGGUCGCCGCUUCCAGCUUCCAGCACUUUUAUGCUGUGUGGAAAGGGCGAGAAAAGAACUGGUACAAAGAUCUACAUAAAAAAUAUGGCCCGGUCGUUCGCUGCGGUCCGAAUCACAUAACUUUCAAUGAUCUGGACUUAAUUCCGGUGGUAUAUCACCGCCAGAGUGACAAGACAGAUUAUCCCCAAGACUUUACUUGUCCCGGGGCAGCCACGAACAAGGCAAAUUAUCUUGAGUAUGCCGCAGCCAAGCGUAAAUUUGGCCAGGCAUUCUCGGUGUCCCGCGUCCAAUUGUUUGAGGGUUUGGUGGACGAGAAUCUGACCAAAUUGCUCUCCAUUCUUCAGGAGGAAACUAAAGCAGAAUCUCCCGUGGACUGGGGUAUCUGGGCUAGAUAUCUCGCAUUUGAUGUGUAUGUGCCCAUGAGUUUGGGUGAGACCUUUGGGUUCUUAGACCACAAGGGUGAUGCACGCAACAUCUUGCCGAGCACCUUCCGUAUUUUCCGAUAUUGGACACUGAGUCGAUAUCGUCCAAUUGCCUGGUUGGCUACAAACACAUGGUUAGGUCGCCGUCUAUUUGUUAGCGGCCGCGAAGAUUCCAAAGGAAUGGGAAUAUGGACAGAUGAAGUACACAAUAUCACUCAGAAGCGCAUUGAGUCUACUAAUACGGAAAGAAAAGCACACAUGGAGCUUUCCAUGUUGGACCAAUGGUUGGCAGUCAAGUCUGCAGCAGGAGAAGGAAUUCCCCUAGCGGACAUCGAAGACCAGCUAGUUUCAGAUGUGUGA